GGCGAGCGAGCGCAUCAACCUGAUGAGCUUCUUGCUUGAUGAAGAAGAGAAAAUGGCGACCCUCGAGGAGCUCUUUGCAUUUAUCGAUUGCUCGGAUGGGCUCGCUCAACCUACUGAAAAUGGAGCCUGCGCAUGCAUUACCGAAACCAGCGAAUCCCCUAUAGUUGUGGAUGAAGAAAAGUCGAUCCCAGCUUUGCACACCGAUAUGAGUGUGCAGAAGAAGACCCCGCGGCGACGUAGAAAAAGAAUUGGAUGGAGCUCAUCUACAGGCUUGCAGAGGCGCAAGCGAGCCCAACUGCAGUUCCUCAGACAGCAUGCUCAGAAUCUGGAGACGUAUCUGCAACAGCUUAAGACCUCUCUCAAACCACCUUUUGUCUGCCCCACGAUGGCAACGCGAAGUCAGUGGAAAGAGCUUGCAACGGCCGAGUUUUCGGAGCGACUUCGUUCGGAGGAAGUCAACCGCUCACUGAAGACAAUCAUGAACAGCCAGUUAGAGAUGAACAAAACGUUGAAAAGUGUUUUUGAAGAGGGUAUCACGUCUUCAGUUGAUUUCGAGGGAUGAAGUUCGUGACUUGAGAGCAAAAAACAAAACACCCGCAUGAGGAUACUGCAGCAAGUGUUGCAAGACGUUUAAAAACUCGAUUCGAUCUUCAUCAAUCUUACAUGUUAGUCGAGGCGAUUUUUUUGAAGCCUUAUGAAGUGAAUCGACCUGCAUGAGGCA